GCUCUUUCCGGAAAACAGUUCAAUCUCGGUGUGGAUUCUCCAGCAGCUGUGGGCGGCUGAGGAGUGGCGCUCCGGCUUUUUCUGUGGGCCCAGGAUCAGGGCGGAGAGGCUUGUGGUUGGCUGUGAGGAAGAGAGGAAUAGUCCUCGUCCACGGAGAGGUGGAAGAAAGUCUGCCUGCCACUGUCAUGCAGUGUUUUAAUGGACGCUCCGCCCUCAUCAGCAUCCCAGCUCAUCCCACACCCUGUAUAUUCUGUGGUUGCCUAUCUCUUUGGCACUUUCCCUGCCUCAGCGCCUUUUUCACUCACUGAUCAUUCUCCCUGGACCCUCUUCCAAGGAUGGAUUUCCCCAGUGCCCUGCGCCCUUCAUUGUUUAUGGCUGGUCCUCUCGGCACUGAUGGCCCUGACCUGUCCUUCAUGUGCAGUUGGAGAGAUGUGCUGACUCUGCCAGGGUUCCAGCCACAGAACUGUAAGGACCGGACAUCGUCCUUGGCCAAGAACCUGCUGUGGGAACCAACGACACCAGGACCCCUCCCCCUGCUGCCUCCUGGUCCUGAUCCCUGGGACCCUGGUGUGACCGCUCAGGACCUCCUUUUCCGGGGAGGACACUGCUGCCGGUCUCGAGUUGUGCUGGAUGCCACUGAGCAGCUCAGCCGCUUCCUGUGGGACCACGGGGACAUCGCCUUUGCACCCCUGGGGAAGCUCAUGCUGGAGAACUUCAGACUGGAGGGGAGCCGGGGUUACUCGAAAAAGAUGACCAUAGUCAGCGUGAAGAGGCUGCUUCAGGACCUUGGUGGACACCAGCCCUGGGGGUGUCCCUGGGCUUCCCUCAGCCACCGGCUCCGUCGCUUCUCCAUCCUUGGGGGUCCUGUCCUGAGCAGGUCGGUGUCAUUGCUCAUGGGGAGGCUUCUGCACGAAGAGCUGGCUCUCCGGUGGGAACAGUUGCUGCUGGAUGAAGCCUUCACCGGGGGCGCUUUGGCUUGGUUGCCUGGAAAGACGGCACGGGCUGGACAGCUGGUCUUCCCUAGUGGCGGUGCCUUGGACAAGCUGUAUUUCCAGGACGUCAGUGUGAAAUCAGGUGGCAACCCCCGGGUCCUUAAAGACCCAGGGCACAUCCAGCUUCGAGGGCCUGUACGGCAGGUAGUGUCCAGCACUGUCCAGGGUGAAACGCUUCUGGCUGUCCGCUCUGACUACCAUUGUGCCAUGUGGAAGAUUGAUAAGCAGAGGCCACCAGCACCCCUGCAGGUGCUGCAGGUGGAGAAGGGGGCCACUGGUAUUAGCCUCAGCCCUCACCUGUCAGGAGAGCUGGCCAUCUGCAGCCGUUCAGGAGCUGUGUGCCUGUGGACCCCACAAGAUGGGCUGCAGCUAGUGUACAAGGACCCUGAGACACUUGCCUUCCGGGAUCCGUCUCCCUGGCGCUGGGCAGACUUCACUGCCCACCCGCGGGUGCUGACUGUGGGGGACCGCACGGGUGUGAAAAUGAUUGAUGUCCAGGGCCCCCCAGGCUGUGGCUUGCUGCUCUUCCGGGCCGGGGCAGAGGCUGCCUGCCAGAAAGGAGAGCGGGUGCUGCUUGCCCAGUACCUCGGUCAGCCAGGCCCCACCUGCACUCCUCUGCAUCUCAUUUGCACCCAGUUCUCGAUCUACCUGAUGGAUGAGCGCCUCCCGCUGGUGCCAAUGCUCAAGUGGGAUCAUGGCCUGCCCUCUGCACCCCUGCUUGCUCGCCUGCUACCCCCAGCUAGCCCCGGCUGCCCACGGCCCCUGCUACUGGGGGGUCAGGGUGGACAUCUUCAACUACUGCAUAUAGCAGGAGAGGGGGCCUCCAUGCCCCAGCUGGCCGGCCCUCCUCAGUCUCUGCCCUCCAUCACGGACUCCCUCUCUGCCUUUCCCCUGCUGGAACCCAAGAGGCAGCAACAGCUGCAGGAGCGUCUAGAGGCACCAGUCAUAGGUCUGGCCGCUGCCCCACCCUGUGCCUCUGCCCCAGGGCUGCUGUUCUUCCAGCUCUCGGCAGCCGGGGAUGUCUACUUCCAGCGCCUACACCCCCAGCCAGCCUUCAGUCCUGGAGAGCCACCUGACCACCCAGCACCAGCGUGCCAUACACCUGGGGCAGCAGCACCUCCUGUGGACCAGGGGACGGCACCCUCUUGGACCCCUCAGGCCAGGGCCCAUUGCAGCCGCUGGCUGGAGGCCCUGAUGGAGCUGGCCCCAGCUCGUCCAGUGUGGGCUGCGCCCACCUUCUCCCACCGCCGUUUUCUGGGCCACAUGGAGCUGCAGAAGACCCAGGGGAGCCUGCCACAGAAGCUUCGAGCAGCCAUGGCCAAAGGGAGGCUCCUGCGGCCUGGGGAUCUGGGUACACUCCCCAGGGCAGAGCCACCUCCUGCACCUGAGUGCAGCCAGAAGGAUGAGCUCACUGAGCGCUUGGCAGAAGCCUGGGAAGGCCGGGCAGCUGCCUGGUGGAAAAGACAUCAAGGUCAGACCUCAGGGCCCCAGACACAGACCAAGCGACCGAAGCGCAGGACUCCGCUUUCUAGCACCUUCUCCUCGUUCACGAGCAGUGCCCCUCACAGCCAAGACCUCUCUACCUCAAAGGCCUGGUCUCAGCCACCAGGGACUCUAUCCUCCCAGGAGUUAACACAGGAUCGCGAGCAGCGACAGACCCUCCGAAACCACACGGCCAAGCUGCCACUUCAGGACACUCCAAGACCUGUGGCUACACCGUCUUCCCAGGCCUCCAGCCUCCGGGCCAUGCCCCUCAGGCAGCGAACACCAGUCCUCUCUGGCUCCCAUCCUCCCCGGAAGAAGCCACGAAUGGGCUUUUGAGUGUGAAAAGCUAUGCCUGAGAACCUAGCCUUCAUCCUGGAGACUUGCUUUGAGUUUAGCCACUCCAGGGCAGACCCUCUACCUCCCAAAGCACUGUCCCAUGGAGCCAGGCUAAAGCAAUGGGGAAUAGUCUAUUUUGUGUAUUUGAUGGCAGGUUAUUUGAGAGCCAGCUGCAGAAGGUGCCUCGGGGUCACUGAUGGUGGUACCCUGUGGGUCCCAAGUUCCCCAACUUAUCCAGUGUGGGCUGCCCCCACCUUGUACUGCCAUUUUUUGGGCCACAGAGCAUGCCAUAGGAGCUCUGAGCAGCCAUGGGGUUUUGGGUAUAUUACCCAGGGCAAAGCCCUCACCCCCUGCACCUCAGUGCAUCAGGGUUGCUGGAAAAUAGGGCCACUGUGUCAGUGUUAGCCUCCUGUCCUCAAAGGAAAUGAUGUUGGGUCAGGGCCCUGCGUGCCUCCUGAGGUGGCACAGUGGGUCACCACCUGCUAUCGUGGGUAAUAUUGUGGGGACUAUUGUGUAAUAGUCCACAUAGGUUCUGUAGGAGUUGAUACUUUGGCUCUGGCUCAGGGAUUAAAUAAACCUGUCCACCGGCCAUGAGCUGGAUGGUCAUGUGGGCAGAGAA